AUGGCCACUUUGGUGGCCACAACAGUGCCUAUUCCCAUGGACAUUCCCACGGCUCUCAGUCGCAUGGGCAUGGCUUCAACCAGCGGCCCACCCGAGUACUUGCCGCCAGCCAAGCCAAGCAACGCUUAUCUGCCCGCCGAGCCUGAGAAGAAGUAUCUGCCACCCAAGGUAGCUCCUAGCUUGCCUCCACCACCACCACCACCACCAAGCAAAGCACCAGCAGCUGCUUACUUGCCACCACAGAAGCCACGCACCAAGUACUUGCCGCCCGCUCAGCCAGAGUCCAAGUAUUUGCCUCCUGCUCAGCCAGAGAAGUCUUACUUGCCGCCAACUCCAAAGUACUUGCCGCCUAAGGUGCCACCCAGCCUGCCACCACCACCACCAAAGCCCGCGCCAAAGCAAACUUAUUUGCCACCAGCUCCUAAGGAAACUUAUUUGCCGCCAGCUCCUAAGGAAGCGUAUCUGCCACCAGCGCAACCAGAGCCGCAGUACUUGCCACCAGCUCAACCCGAAGCGCAAUAUCUGCCUCCCUCUCACUCUGAGUCCUUGCCGCUGUCAGCGCCCAACUUUCACAUUCCUGUGCCCACUUAUGCUUUGCCUUUGAGCUCCUCACCUGCGUUGCCUGGUCCACAGGGUGAUGGCUAUCGCUACAAUCAGCCACAGCGUCGCUUCAAGUUCUAG